AUGGUUUGGUAUGAUUUUUACACAGCAUGGUUUGUUUUAAUGGCUCAGAUCUCAGGGACAUCGCGGUCAUUUGUAGGACAUUAUCUGUUGAGGAGAUCGAUAAUGGAUGACUUUGAAAGUUUCAAGGUGCAGUAUUCAGCUAGGGAAGCUGAUCUACGGACAAAAUAUGAAAAUACUAUUCAAGAAAUGGGAUUACAACAUGAAGAGAUAAAGACGAAAUUAGAGGAGUCAGUAUCCAAAGAGAAGGAUCUGUUUCAACAAAUGCAGGAAGAGCUUCAUAGAGACUUCAAAGUCGCCUGGAUUUGGCCUUAA